UCAAAUUAUACCCCCAAAAAACCAUAUCAUUAAAUUUCAGAUAUCGUAAAUGGGCAAUUCAAUUGCAAAGUACUGCUAAACAUAAAAUAUUAAUAGCAACAAAACAACCAGCGCCGUAAACCCCCAGUGGAACCAGACAAACAAAAAAAAAAUUAACCUUUUUAGUCUGCAUUGUUUUCUUUUUUUUGAACUAUUUCAUAUAUAAAUGUCGGAAUCAUCCCUCGCUUAUUUUGUUAUUCUGUAGAUCAAACCAACUAUGAAUAACUAUAACAAUAUAGGAGGACUACCUCCACAACCUACACAACCUCCCUACCCGCAUUCACCAUAUAUGUCUGAUCGCCAGCCACAGCAUCUGCUACAACAACCAUUUUAUGAUCAGCAGGCUGGCGCGUACGGCACUAGCAACCCAUACCCAUCCCAGGAACCCACCCUACAACCAGAAAUACCAUACACGUCGCACUCCUAUGAUAACAGCGACUCUGAAUCACCCCCGGAAUCGCCUAUCCUCCAUCAUGUCGCGUCCAACAGCAGCAACAUAAGUGACAUUGCAGACUUCAACCGUCUCAAUCGUAAACAGUCAAGCGAAUUGCGCACCGAUGAACGACAAUACGGCUUGUUUUCCACAUUCUUCUUUUUCAUCUCGCUCGUGUCAGCCAUCCUCAUCAUCUUGUUUGAAUCGUACAUGUUCGCCGUGAUCAAUAUCCACCAUGUCGAUUUAGGCGAUGGCCGAUACGUGGAGGUGUCGAUCUACUUUGCCUUGUUUAUCUUUGCCGGGAUUUUCCAAGUGUUGAUUACUAUAAUUGGGUUGAAGACGAGAAACAUGUUGUUGUUGUUUUUCUUGUGCUUGUUUUAUUGCUGCAUGUUGAUCUAUUCGGGGAUCCAGUACAAUGAAGUGGCUCGCAGAAUCACGGUUGUCCUUCGUGGAAGAUGGUACAAGGCCACAUUUGCCCUUAAUAUCGCCACAAUUGCCGUCAUUGGUGCAACACUACUCUUGCAACUGAUUAUCCUUAUCGUGGCACUUCGAAAAUACGUCAACUGGUUCACAUUCAAGAAAGUCGGGGCAGACAUCACCCUCCGUCGCAUGUUCACUGUCUUCCAAAUCCACAGAUCCAUCCUCAUGUUUGAUUUCUUCUUCUUUGUCGGAUUCACGAUUCAAUUCGUUGUGAUUAUGGUGAAUGAUCGAACAUCUGUUGAAUUCAUUCUUACCAUAGUGGUGCUUCCAUGUACAAUCAUUUUGCUUUUGAUUAGUGACAUCUCUACGUGCCGAGAAUUCAUAUUUGGUUCCCUAUUCGCCAUUGUGUUGUACCUUGCUGGGAUGGCAUAUGUGCUAUUCAAGAUUAUCAGAUUGUACACGCACUAUACUUCAGCCUAUGGGUUUGCCAUUGAAGCCGGGGAGUACUUCAUGGGGCGGAAGUCCCUUACCGUAUUUGGCGUGCUCACGCUUGUGUUGUUAUUGAUCACGGUUGUACUUGAAUGCAUGGUGAUUUAUAACUUCAAAAAGGGACUACUCCCAACUGUGUCCACAUACUAUAAAUGGAUACCGGGAUACAAGAAGGAAGCAGCUAGUCUGGGAAUUAAUAUCAGCGAUGAUGACAGUGAAGCCAAGAAUCAGCGCACGGACUCGGCUUCCGAUGGAUACAUUGACUAAAAUAGACGACAACGGGUUGGUAACCACCGUUGCUGGUACUAUAGGCGGUCCGGCACAUCAUGACAUGUCCGCGGUUCGGAAUAUCCUCAAAUGUGUAUUCCACAGCAGUUUUGUACACUUGCGACAAUUAUAAUUGAAAUCUCACCAUUGUUUAGUCGAAAUAGAAUCGUAUGUUGGUGCUUUUCUCGCAUUGUUUCUAGUUUGAUUUUCCGCAAUUGCAGUACAAAACUGGCAUCGCUGGUUCUACAUGCAGGAUAUUUUUCUUUUGCUUGCCGCAACUCGAGGCAGUACAUCGCGCAUAGUGCAGUACUAAAAAAAUAAAUUUCCCUAUUGAUAAAGGGGGAUCAAAAGGGGGGAUUUACUUUUUGCGCAUGUGGAGUGAAGUGCCAUCACUGAAAUUAAUGAAAUUUGUGAAAAUUUAGUAUGUAUCGGAUGUUUUAAAUAAUUUAUUUUUUAAUAACUACAUUGUUACUAUUUUUU